CUUCGCCAUGUGUAACUGGAGGAGCACAGCGUACACCUGCCAGUCGUGCUGAACCGCGGGUCACGACCACCGCGUCAACCUCAACCGGGCUGUCGUCUUCGUGGUAGGCAGAGGUGUAUCCCAUCCGCAACCAGCACUAGUGGAUCAUGCUGGAAGCCCCUACAGGAACGAGCGGCGCGCCCGUGCGGCGCAUGUCGCGGUCGAUGACGACCAUUCAGAAUCCUGACGGCGGACCGACUCUUUUACGCGAAUCUGGCCAGCUAUGGAACUGUCAGGAUCGAAAUCGUCAAAGUUGAAAUAAUUUGUCAUGCAUAAAAUGCAAGGCACGAAGUGCCUGUCUUGCCGGGAUGGCAAAUGAGGCCGAUUGUGAGCCUGUUUCGGGUUUGAAAUAGAGCUGCUAAAGUAGCAUGACAAAAGCAGUCUUCUGUGCGCAAACAGCAUGACAAAUUGGAUUCCGAUGCUCGGAAAAUUUGUCAUGCGCCGCUUGAUAUGUGGGCUUCCGACUGGCAUCCAUUUUAUGCAUGACAAACUAUUUCAAUUUCAACUUUGACGAUUUCAAUCCUGACACGCCCAUAACAGCCCUCGCAACCCUUUGUUCGAAGCGUGCGACGCUCGCAAACACGGCCGGAGUCAGA